AUGAGCAGGUACGAGGAGAAGGAGUACGGCUGGAGGAACCGAGAGACCGACAGGGCCGAGGGGAGGACCAGGGGCAGGCUGGGCAAGUACGAGCGCGAGGAGUAUGAAGGCGGCGGUGGCGGCGGCGAGGAGAACGUGCACGUGGUGUGCGUGGACGACCUGAAGGAGUCGAGGCGCGCCCUGCGCUUCGCCCUCAGGAACGUGCCGCGCAACCACCGCCUGCUGCUGCGGACCUGCGAGUUCAAGAGCUUCGACUACCGCUCGAACCGCGACUUUGGCGACAAGGUGUGCUCGCUGGCCAAGAGGCAGGGCGCCAAGAGCGUCAUCAUUGGCAAGAGGGACGACGUGUCGGACACCAGGCGUGCGAUCGUCGGCUCGUCAUCGCAGAGCGUGCUCUCGUCGUGCGGCCUGCCGGUGACCGUGGUGCAGUCCGAGGCCCACUCCUCCUGGCUGGCGAGGCGCAUGGACCUGCGCGAGGCCGCCACCGUCCUGUCCAUGCCUCCGUAG